AUGCCUCGCAAAUACUACGCAGUCUACACAGGUCACGUUGACACACCCACCAUCUACCCUUCAUGGGCUCAAGCUCACCCCCGAGUCACACAGUGCAGAAGCAAGCACAGAGCGUGCAAAACCCACCAAGAAGCCAUCGAUUGGUUAGUGGAAAUGCAAGCAACAGAGAUCCACGAUGCCACUGAGGGCGGUGAUAUGUCACAGUCGUCAUCUUCGUCGCCGUCGCGGUCUAAGAAGAAGUACUAUGCCGUUGCGUAUGGGAGGCAAACUGGGGUUUUUCAUGACUGGGAGGGUGCAAAUGGAGCAACCAGCGAAUUUACCUCGGCAUGUCACGAAAGCUUCAGUACCGAGCACGAAGCCAGACAGUUCAUUGAGGACUGGAGAGAAGCAUAUGCUGAUGUAUGGCGACUAAAGAUUCGACGAGGCUUGAAUGAGGGAUGGAAGCCGGAGGAUCUGGCGGUAGAUAUUUCGAAUAUCAUGGUUAAGGAAGGUGUUCUGGUAGAGAGCGCGUGUAAGAAAUUUGAGGAGUUGGAUAUUGCAGGAAAAUAA